AUGGAGAACCAGACGCCGACAUAUCCCCUCGUCCCGACAGCAAACUUCAUCGCUUGCUUUCUGACAUUGUCCGUCUUGCUGACGAGCCCAUUGCGACACGCAUUCAACAGAGGCGUCUGUCUCCUCUCGGCCUGGGUAUCAAUGAUGUCCCUGGUCACCGGCAUCCAAGCUGUAGUCUGGAGGAAAAGCUCCGACACGACCCUGAUACCCGGCUUUUGCGAUAUAUCGAUUCGUCUUCAGAUUGGCUCUAUCUCAGCCGAGACGGCCUGCACGCUCAUCAUCACCCGUUACUUAUUUCGAGUUGUGCAACACCCACUACGACCGAUCGAUGAGUACGAGCGUCGACGACGAAUGCUUCUCAACUACGCCCUUGUGAUUGGGCUCCCACUCUUGACGAAUGUGCUUUACUACGUAGUCCAAAACUCGCGCUUUCAGGUUGUCGAAGAGUUUGGAUGUCUCCCGACGAUCGAGCCCUCGGGCCUGGCCAUCCUCAUACUGAACGGCAUACCGACCAUUUUUGUCCUCAUCUCAGCAACCUACAUGACCCGGACGAUGCUCAUCUUAUGCCAGCACAAACGCAACUUGCAACGACUCUUUGGUAACCAAAGUAUCAUCUCACAUAGCGUCUACCUACGCAUCCUCUCCUUCGGCUUUAUCCUCUUAUUGUUCUGCACCGUGGCUGUCGUAAACUUCUUCCCGCUCCCCGACAAGUUCUAUCCCGGCUGGUCAGCGGUGCACAAGGACUGGGAUGCCGUGUCCGUCAGUGCUGAGGAGUGGCGCACGGAGGGCACCUUUGUGUUCUUCACCAUCGUCUGGUACGGGUGGUACAACGUCUUCCUUGCGGUGGUCAUCUUCGGCGUCUUCGGUCUCACGCGUGACGCACGGGCUGCGUAUAUGCGCGUAUUUGACGCUCUCCGAACGCGCUCGCUGCGUCGGAGCAGGCCCCAGUCGGAGCUUUCGACACUGCCGUUGGCGUACGAGAACAGGUUCUCGACACUCUCGACACUUCCUGGCCUCGGAGACAUAUCGUCUUUGAACUCUACUUUAAUGGGACCCCUGUCCAUUGACGGCUUGGCUGCGCACAAAGAGUCUAUCGCGAUCGACAUCUCGAUCGCAGUUGAGCGGCAUAUAAACGAGAAUAUGGAGAGUCCAAUCGAGUGUCAUGUUGAACAUGUAUAG